AUGACGACGACGACGACGGCUCAUGCCUUCGGUCUGCCAGCUGACGUAUCACUGUAUAGUCCAUUCCCUAAGUCGGAGUCGUCCGAGACUAAGAAGGGAGUAGAAGGUUCCGUGAACCCCUUUGGAGUUAGAUCUGGGCUCAACAUACGACUGGCAGGAGACUGUGCGGCAGUAGUAGAAUGGGGAAACUAUAUUGUCUUCGCCAAAGCAUCGGGCCCGAGACAAGCGACUGGGGCUCUUGUGGGUGUUGGUCGCCAACACGAUAGAUUAGCCUUGGAUGUAAAUGUAGCAGCAUCCUCUGUGGGUGUCACUAAAACUGAGCAGGAGAAGAGGGACGCAGAUGCAAUUUGCGAGGACCUCUCCAACACUAUCACGAGUGGUCUCUCUGCAGUAGUGGUGGCCGAGCAUUACCCUAAAAGUGUCCUCCCACUGAAUGUGUCGGUUGUCUCCUGCCCUCCUGGUGGCUUCUCAGCCGAACGAGUACUGCCGUGUGCUAUGGCUGCUGCUAUGACUGCUACGGCAUUGUGUGUGCACGUAUCGGACAUUCUAAGUGUGGUCAAUAUCGCCUCUAGAGGCAAUUGCGUGUUGGCAGACCCAACACUAGGCGAGGACCUCCCCGAUGGAGACAAGAGUGAGAGGCAGCAUCUCACCACACUUGGCUUGACUUAUGUCUCGAAAGAAGUGCUCCUUCUACGGUCACUGUCCUCGUCACCUGAGGUGGGAGGAGGGAGGGAUAAGACUAAACCGAAUAUGUCGAAAAUACUAAGCUAUGGGUUCGCCGCGACCACUCAGGUGUCUAAGGAGAUAGAAAGGUUUUCAAUGCAACAUCAAAACACCGAGAAGGGCGAUGAACGGUGGAGGCCCUAUUCCUUUAUAUGGACCUACUGUAUCGUCCUACCAGUGGUGCUGAUGACGUUAUGGCUGAUCACUGCAAUGGUGCUGGAGGCAUGGAGAGCUGAUAGGACCAGAGGGCAGGCGGGUGUACCUGCACCGUUGGCCCCAGAGGACUACCUUCGGCGCGAGGAGGAACUCGGAAUAACAAGUAUUAGUUUCGCUCCUCUGAGGACGGCAGCACGAUGGUUGUUUUACUGCCAACCAGAGCUGUCCCUGGAAGUGGCUAGUGUGGAUGGUGGAGCGCACUCGAGUGGAGAUGAACGCUUCGCUUCGUGGUUCCUCACGCCAUCAACGCAACUGCUGGGAUACUUCACUUACUCAAUAGUAUUCGUGACGUCUAUUGUGGGUGGGCUCAUGAGGGGAAAGUGGGUGUUGAGAGUGCCAGCGAGGGACAAUACUGCUAAGAUGAAUAGGAUAGAAUUGCUCAACGCUGUAGUGACAAGUCUGUUGGCUUUUGGGGUGAUCGCGUACAAGACGGCGACGGCAGCCCUUGCUCGUCGGGAAGGCUCGACCUCAGCUGAUGUGCUGGCUAAUUGGUUCCUCUUGCAGCCCUGCCAUGUGUUCUGCAUUGGGCUUGGGGUCAUCUACUGGUCCCGGAGGUGGAAGGUGUCCAUCUACUUUUUCAACGUGUACCUUCACUUGAUGUGGGGUGUGGCUCUGGCUUUGGUCUUUGCUGAGAUGGAGGAGUACAACAAACGAGGCUACCCUCUCGAGACCUUCCACUUCUAUCUGGAGCAUUGGGUACUGGUGCUAGCCCCUUUUAUUCUCAUUGCUAUGCGAACAUCAACUAUCAGACUCAUCCCCCAGGAGGCCCUUUACGGCACUUUGGUACGUGUUUUGUUGGCUCUUGACCUAUCUCUUCUCUCGAUGCAUUAUACCGGCGUGGGUGGCCUUCUGUGA